CAACAGCUGGCCAGAAGCUCUCUCCGCAUUUUCUAUUCUAUUGUACUUUUCCUACCGUGACUGGACGUCCGCUUCCGGUCGCAAUAGUGGUUGGCGAGUCAAGCUUAAGGCUGCCCGCCAUGAUACUUCCUCAGGGAUCGCUUUUCUUUGCGAGCAUAGCUGCAUGCUCGACCGUGGUAGCUGCUGCGGGUGAUGCCUCGUCUCGACCCCGGGGAGUCGGACCCGAGUUUGCAAAGUUCUACAAGGACACCACAACAUUCACCUGCAUCUCCCAUCCAUCGAUUCAGAUCCCAUUCUCCGCGGUGAACGAUGACUAUUGUGACUGCCCCGAUGGUAGUGAUGAACCCGGCACGUCGGCCUGCGCUCAUCUUUCCCGCAACUCGGCAUUGACAGUGGCCGACCAGCCAGGGAACAGCGACCUCGAAGUCGUCUCUGCCCUUCCGGGUUUCUACUGCAAAAACAAAGGCCACAAGCCAUCCUACGUUCCGUCACAACGAGUCAAUGAUGGUAUCUGCGACUACGAACUUUGCUGUGAUGGGAGCGACGAGUGGGCACGGGUCGGCGGCACCAAGUGUGAGGACAAGUGCAAGGAGAUUGGGAAGGAGUGGCGUAAGAAGGAAGAGAAGAGGCAGAAAUCCCUGACGGCCGCCCUCAAGAAGAAGCGCGAUCUGCUUGUGGAUGCGGGCAGGCAACAGAAGGAGGUUGAAGACCAGAUCAAAAAUCUGGAGGUGGAAAUCCAGGCCCAGGAGAUCAAGGUCAAAGAUCUCCAGGCCCAGUUGGAGAAGGCCGAGCAGGAAGAGAAGAGCAAGGUAGUCAGGGGUAAGAAGGCUGGCAAGGUCAAUGUCCUGGCCCAAUUGGCCAGGGGUCGAGUCGAAGAGCUUCGGGACGCACUAGUGAACAUCCGCAAGGAAAGGGACGAUACCCGCGCACGGGUGAAGGAGCUCGAGGAAAUCCUAUCCAAGUUCAAGGUAGAGUACAAUCCUAAUUUCAACGACGAGGGUGUCAAGCGUGCUGUGCGCAGUUGGGAAGAUUAUGCCGUCAGGGGAACCCUUGAGAGUGCCACGAGCGCUGCCCAGGACAAUGAUUUGGACGAACUGGUCAAGCCAGACGAUGCUCAAUCUGGAAUCAAUUGGGAGCAAUGGGAGAACGAAGACGAGGGCUGUGAGACUGACUCUGCCCUGAUCUACCAGCUGGCAGCUUAUUUGCCUCCUUCACUGGUUGAGUUCAUCGAGACCAAAGUGGUCUCUGUUCGGGGUUUUCUUGAGGAGAACGGUAUAUUGCCCAAGAAGGACGAACCUACGACGUCCGAAUCCAAGGUCGUGUCAGACGCUCGGGAUGCUGUCAAGUCGGCUGAGAAGAGCCUUGAAGACUCGCGAAGACAGUUGGAGACCCACAAAUCCGACCUUGACACAGACUAUGGUCUUGCAUCCAUCUUCCGUGCAUUGAAGGGAGUAUGCAUCUCGAAGGACUUUGGUGAAUAUACGUACGAGCACUGCUUCCUAGAUCAAACCAAACAAAUUCCCAAGAAAGGCGGUGGCUCGAUGCGGAUGGGCAAGUACUCUGGCAUUGGGUCUGUUAGUGUGGACGUGCUCGACGAGUCUGGAGAUAUAAUCCCAGAGGAGAAGGUCGCCCUGCAUUAUACCAAUGGACAAACAUGUUGGAACGGACCGGCACGAUCGACAACGGUCGUCUUGGAGUGUGGUGAGGAGAACGAGAUUCUGAAGGUGGCCGAAGAUGAGAAAUGCGUCUACUCGAUGCUCGUUACCUCGCCGGCUGUUUGUCCCGGCGGUGAGGAGGAAGGGAAUGCUGCCCCGAGGAGCAAAGAUGAGCUGUGAGAGGCUGGCUGUACUCUACUGACAUGCUUGUGGGGUCAUUAUAGUUAGCGGUUAAGUAGUUCAUACUUAGUAGAGAAUGUAUUGAAUAGCUUAUACGGCAAAUUGCGUUGUGUUUUGAAGACCGAAAUAUCAUGACCAAGCUGG